AUGGCCCGGUGGCCCGCACCGCCGCCGCCUCCGCCGCCGCCUCCGCCUCUCGCCGCGCCGCCGUCGCCGCCCGGCGCCUCGGCUAAGGGACCGCCGGCGCGCAAGCUGCUCUUCAUGUGCACCUUGUCCCUGUCCGUCACCUACCUGUGCUACAGCCUCCUGGGCGGCUCGGGCUCUCUGCAGUUCCCCUUGGCGCUGCAGGAAGCGCCGGGCACCGCCGCGCAGCCCCCGCCGAGCCCGCCGCCGCCCUCGCUGCCGCCUCCCGCCGCGCGCCCCGGCGCCCCCUCGCCGCCGCCGCCCGCGCCGCCGCCGCCGGACAACGCGAGCCGCGGGGAGCGCCCGCCGCCACCCCCCGAGCGACCCUCGGCGCCCGGCCCGGACGGCUGGGGGCUGGCGAGCGGCGGCGGCGGCGCCCGGGACCCCUGGCUCCGGAGCCCGCUGGUUCCCGGCAAGGCGAUGGCCGCGCCGGGCGCGCAGCCCGGGGACCGGGACGCGCCGGAGUCCAGCACCGCCGCCGCCGACGAGCCGCUCGCAGGCCGGAGAGCGGCCAACGAGAGCGGCGCCGAGAGGGGCGGCGCCGCCGCCAGCACCCCGGACUACGGGGAGAAGAAGCUGCCCCAGGCGCUGAUCAUUGGGGUCAAGAAAGGGGGGACCCGCGCGCUGCUGGAGGCCAUCCGAGUGCACCCGGACGUGCGGGCGGUGGGCGUGGAGCCGCACUUCUUCGACAGGAACUACGAGAAGGGGCUGGAGUGGUACAGAAACGUGAUGCCCAAGACCGUGGAAGGGCAGCUAACCAUGGAGAAGACUCCAAGUUACUUCGUGACCAACGAAGCGCCCAGGCGCAUUCAUUCGAUGGCCAAAGACAUCAAACUGAUCGUGGUGGUGAGGAACCCCGUGACCAGGGCCAUUUCUGACUAUACUCAGACGCUGUCCAAGAAACCCGAGAUCCCCACCUUUGAGGUGCUGGCCUUUAAAAACCGGACUCUGGGGCUGAUCGACGCCUCCUGGAGCGCCAUCCGCAUCGGGAUUUACGCCUUGCACCUGGAGAACUGGCUCCAGUACUUCCCCCUCUCCCAGAUCCUCUUCGUCAGCGGGGAGCGCCUCAUCGUGGACCCCGCUGGGGAGAUGGCCAAAGUCCAAGACUUCCUCGGCCUCAAGCGUGUGGUGACCGAGAAACAUUUCUAUUUCAACAAAACCAAGGGGUUCCCGUGCCUCAAGAAGCCAGAAGACAGCGGUGCGCCCCGGUGUUUGGGCAAAAGCAAAGGGCGGACUCACCCCCGCAUCGACCCCGACGUCAUCCACAGACUGAGAAAGUUCUACAAACCCUUCAACAGGAUGUUCUACCAAAUGACCGGGCAAGACUUCCAGUGGGAACAGGAAGAGGGUGACAAAUGAGCCCGCUGCAGAGUCAGAUGGCAAGAAGGCUCUGUACCUGAGUCCUGGGUUGCCUCCUCCCACCCCAGCCCCCCCUCCAGGGUCUGAUGGCAGGUCAGCCUUUUGGGGUGGGAGUGGGGAGGGCAGCAGGUCGCCUCCCUGUCAGGAUCCCUCCAGCACUGAGGGCUUAGGCAAAAAGAUGGGAUCCGUGGCCCUCCCAUAGAGGAACCAGACCAGCCUGGACAGCCAGCUGUCUGUGGUUGACCAGAUG